UCCCUCAGCCCCGGAAAGGCUGCAUCUGGUAAUGGGUACACUUCGGGACCUCCAGUUUGCCCUGCAACUAAAGAUUGAGGAGCUUCGCCAGAGGGACACACUCAUAGAUGAGUUAGAGUUGGAGUUGGAUACAAAGGAUGAACUCAUCCGGAGACUGCAGGAAGAACUGGAUCGGUACCGAGCAUCCGUCUCCCUCCCAGGGUCCUCUGCAGCCAGUGCAGCUUGCUCAGUUCAUGGUGAGGACUUGCAGAGAGCCAAUAGGAAAACAGUCAUUUCUGAACCCUUCAGUCUGGACCCAGUGACUCUCGCCAUGGUUUCACAAAGAAUCUGUGAUAAAAGCAAAGAGUCUCAGAGGCUGAUUCAGGCAGCGUUUUCAAAGAACGCCUUGUUGAAAAACCUUGACGAAGGAGAAGUCAGAGCCAUCACAGCCUGUAUGUGUCCCUCCACCAUCAAUCAGGGCUGCUAUGUCGUUCAGGAGGGGGCCUGGGGGGCUCAGGCUUACGUUUUAGAAGAAGGGCGCCUGGAUGUGACAAAAGACGGAUUGAAGCUUCUCACGAUUAAGCCAGAAGACAUGUUUGGAGAGCUGAGUCUUCUCUACAACUGCACACACACCUACUCUGUCUCAGCGCAGACGGACUGCAAGCUGUGGGUUAUUGAUCGCAAAAGCUACCAGACUAUACUUAUGCAGAGCGGUCUCAACAGCCUUUCUCAUUCGAUGGAGCUGCUUAGCAGCAUUCCCUUCCUGCAGUCUUUGCCGGAGGACGUCAUCAUGAAAAUGUCUGAUUUGAUGGAGGAGACACACUACAAUGAAGGGGACUACAUCAUUCGACAAGGGGCCACAGGAGACACCUUUUAUAUCCUUACCAAAGGCCAGGUAAAUGUGACGGAGAAGAAGGCCGGCCAUGAAGAGCAGAUUGUCCUUUCUAAGCUGUCUGAGAGAGAGUGGUUUGGAGAGAAAGCUCUGUGGGGAGAGGAUGUUCGCACUGUGGAUGUGGUUGCUGCAGGUGAAGUUACAUGCUUGGUCAUAGACAGGGAGACCUUCAAAGACAGCCUCGGUGGGUUGGUAUUUGACUGCAGUCAUGAGGUGAAGCAAAGCCAUCAAUCCAAAAUAGAGUCAGAAAAGGGCCCUGAUCUCGUCUCAUCUUCCACUUUAAGUGAUUUCCAGAUCGUCUGUCCCCUAGCCGUUGGGGAGUUUGGUCACGUAGACCUGGUGCAACUAAAGAGCAACAUCAAGUGUCUUUAUGCCAUGAGGGUCCUUAAAAAAAAGCUGAUACUCAACAAUGGUCAACGAGAGCACAUUCUGAGAGAAGGGCGCAUCCUAUUGGAGGCUCAUUGUCCAUUCAUAGCCAGGCUUCAUAAAACCUUCAGAGACACAGAGUGCCUGUACAUCCUGACAGAAGCUUGUCUUGGUGGGGAUUUAUGCAACCCACUUAAAGAUAAAGGAUGUUUGGACGAUUGCAGCGCCAGGUUUUACACGGCUUGUGUUGUUGAAGCCUUGACCUUUCUUCACUGUCGAGGUGUCGUCUAUAGAGACAUCAAGCCAGAAAAUGUUGUUCUGGAUGAGCAUGGUUAUGCCAAACUGAUUGGAUCCAGAUGUCUGAAGAAGGUAGAGGUGGGUAAGAAAACCUGGACGUUCUGCGGCACGCCGGGCUACAUGGCACCUGAAAUCAUCUUGAACAAAGGCCAUAAUACUUCUGCAGACUUCUGGUCUCUUGGCGUUUUAGUGUUUGAACUUCUGAGUGGUUGGCUCCCGUUCAGCGACGCUGACCCGCUAAAUAUUCUCACUGCAACCAUUCGUGGCAUCGAUCAGAUCGACUUCCCUAAAACCAUCAGCAAAAGUGCCUCAAGUCUCAUCAAGAAAAUGUGCAGGAGCAAUCCCUCGGAGAGACUGGGCAGCCAGAGAAACGGGGCCAAGGACAUUCAGAAGCACAAAUGGUUUGAAGGAUUCAACUGGGACGGACUCUGUAAAGGCACGCUAAGCCCUCCAGUUAUUCCCAAAAUUAAGGAUCCUGUGGACAGCAGUGCAUCGUGCAGUCAUUACACUGAGGGAUCUGAGCUGUGCACAAACUGGGAUGAUUUCUGAUCCGUCUCACAAUAUUCCAUCACUUUCAAGUCUAUUCCUCACUCACUCAGUCUUAUUGCUAUCAAUAAUUGAUUAUAUUUUCAGACACAAAAAACAGAUUUUCCACAGUAUCAGUUUCUGCAGAUAUUGUUUGAUAAAUGAACCACGCUGCCUACUGUGUUGAGCUCAGACUGUUUGCGAUGUACACUCCUUGUAGAUUUAUAAACAUAGGACCUCAGUGUUGUCACUUCUGUUGAAUGUAUGUCAAUAAAUAU